GUUUUCUCCAUGACAUGUUUGUGCCAGGUGUCAACAGGUAAAAAAAUACUCGAGCAUCCUGUUCGUGUUUGAACUAAACGGCACGUUGAAAAUCGAAUCAUUGGAUCUAAAAAAUUGUAUGCAAAAUACACAAUGAAUAUUUGGCAGUUUGUUGUUCAAGUAACAGUCAUAUUGAACAGUUUUAAAUGCAUACAAUCCUUCCCUGAUGAAGACCCAGAAGACACCACUGGCUAUGUAGAUGAUGAAGGCCCAGAAGUCACCACUGGCUAUGUACCGGUAUAUGAUGAAUACAAGAAAGUCCUGGCACAAGUCUUGUUCCGACAUGGGGACAGAAGCCCUGUACAUUCAUAUGCGAAUGAUGAAUAUACUGAGGCAGAUUGGCCACAGGGUUAUGGCCAACUGUCCAUAAAAGGUAUGCAGCAGGAAUAUGUUCUUGGAGCAUUCUUACGCGAGCGCUAUACAUCAUGCCAAGGCCUGACUAUAAAUGAAGAAUCAUGCUUGAAGUUAUUGUCUGAAGAUUACAAAAGAGCUGAAGUGUAUGUUCGAAGUACUUCUUAUGACAGAACACUAAUGAGUGCCUACAGUGUAUUAUCAGCUCUAUUUCCCCCUCCAUUUAGAGAACAGGACACAAGUUCUAUGGGUAGUGCUGAAUUGUUCUCAGUUUGGCAGCCCAUACCAGUCCACACAGUGCCUAUGGAAGAGGAUUACUUGCUUGGAAUAGGGAAGUGUGAAAUGUUUAAUAAAUUAAUGAACGAAACCUUGAUGAAUCUUACAAAUCCUAGAAUGCAAGAAAUGUUGUCCGAAUAUAGCGAAUUGUUCGCACAUGUAGCAGAACAUUCAGGGGAACCCAAUUCUGUGAAAGGUAUGGACAAAGUGUUGGAUCCAUUGUUCUGUGAGUAUGUUUCACAAGAUACCGGUAAAACUUUGCCAAGCUGGGUAAGAGAGGAUACAGAUGUUCUUGGACAGUUGCUUGAAUUGCGAGACAUGUAUGCAGAGUUUAGUGUUCCAGGGACCUUUGCAUAUUUAAAGGGUGGUUCAUUAUUGAAGGAAAUGAUAAAUCACAUGAUUGGUAAAGUGAAUGACACAGUUGCUCAGAGAUUAUUUUUAUACUCUGCACACGAUACUACAGUAAUUGCUUUAUUGCAAACAAUGGGAUUAUUUAAUUACAAAGCACCACCAUAUACUGCAUGCAUACUGGUAGAAUUACUGGAGAAAGAUUCUGACUAUUUUGUACAGAUCUUAUACAGAAAUGAUUCUAAUAGUGAACCUUAUGUUAUAGAAAUUAAUGACUGUGGAACAAAAUGCCCUUUGCAAAUGUUUGUAGAUAAAUAUCUCCCGUCUUUGCCAGAAAACAUUGUUGAAGCUUGUCGCGGUACGGGCCUGAAUAAUGUCAAUGAAUAUGUAACAAAUUAUGUCAAUGAAAAUCUGAGUCCAGUUACAGUACUUAAUGUAAUAUUAGCAUCUGUGAUAGUUUUAACUUUAAUAUCAUUUCUGAUCUGUUACUUUUUCAAGGAAACCUCGGGUAGAUCUUCAGCAAAGUAUAUGCCAGUCCCUACUGAAAUGUCCGACCUGUCAUGAACUUAUGUCCAAUAUUUAAAGUUACAACUUGUGUUCAUUAAUAUUAUUUAUUUUAUGUGUUCUUUUUUAUCAUUUACUCGAUACCUAUGUGGUUAAUCUAGCACUAUCAACAUUCAUUUGAAAUACUUGACCAUGGCAAGCUUAGACUUUAAGUACCUAGACAAGUGUGCUUAGUGUAUAAUCCAAAACAAUUUGAUGAAAGUAGUGCAAAUGCAUUAUAAUAUUGAAAUCAUUAAAUUAUGCACCCAAACAAUUAUUCAUAUAGAAUAUCUAUUAAGAAUAAUAAGCCACAGAUUGUUUUGCAUUUUAAGCUGAACUAUUUAUUCAAAAGUUGUGCCAUUUUACUCAUCUGUGAAAUGCUAGGGUUAGGGUUUGCAUGCAGCCCAUAUCUCUGUAACAACUGCAGAUAUUUAAAUGUAACAACACUCCAUACGCCAGAGUUUUGGUUCAAUAAUUAUGAAACUUGAACAGGAUGUUUGUCUGGACAAUAUCUAGGUCAAGUUUGACGUUUGGUAAUGUGGGGACAAAAUCUAGGUCAUGGGGUCUAAUCUUACAAAAACAUUGUAAACACACUAGAGGCCAUAGAUUUUGGUCCAAUAAUGAUGAUACUUGACCAGGAUAUUUUUUUGCCCCCGGUAGGGUGGCAUAUAGCAGUUGAACUGUUAGUCCGUCUGUCUGUCUGUCAGUCUGUGUUUCCAUCCGAAACCUAACAAUGACCAUAACUUUUGGAAUAUUGAAGAUAGCAAUUUGAUAUUUGGCAUGCAUGUGUAUCUCAUGGAGCUGCACAUUUUGAGUGGUGAAAAGUCAAGGUCAUCCUUCAAAAAACAAAUCCAAGGGAAGUAAUAAGCUUUAAAGGGAGAUAAUUAUCUGACCCUGCCAAAGGAGAAAGAAAAAUAAAAUAAAUCAAAGCAGCGCAGUAGGGGGCAUUGUGUUUCUGACAAACACAUCUCUUGUUCUUUAUGAUAUCUAGGCAUAGUUUGACAUUGGGUCAUGUGGGGUCAACAUCUUGGUCAAGAGGUCUAAAUCUUACAAAAACCUUGUAAAUAAAUAUAGAAUUAGCAUUACUUCCAAAUGUUUGCAUCCCAAAAAAAAAACAUGCAAAUGGACAGUACUCGAUCAGAACUAAUCAUAUGCUCACACUGCAAAAGUUAACAGGCGAGAACCGAUCUAAUAUGCUGAGUACUGAAUUUUCAAUUAAGCAAUGAACAAGGCCUUCUACAAAAAGGUUAGCGAACUAGGGCCAUCUUGGCCCUCUUGUUAUAAUAUAUAAUGGAAGCUUCUCACAUGUAAUGUUUUUCUGGUUCGUUCAUGUUUCAGGGAUUUAUUACUCAUACUAAUAAGACAUUAAAUAGUAAUAUGCAUUUUUUGUUUCAACACCAAGUAUUGGUACUACUGGCUUGAUUCUGAUAAAAUUGUAUAUGCAGUGUUUCCAAUUGGUGGAAAAAUGCUUUACCGGUAUGUCUUGAUUUUACUGGUACAAUUAUUUUUCAGGGCAUAUCACCCUUUGAUUUCAAAUUGGACAUUCUGUAAGACAUGUUCAUGGGGAUAUCAGAGUAGUUUUGGCUAUUAAUUAAUUGCUAAUUGCCAUGUAAUUUAAUAUUGCCCCCUUGGUGCAAAAAGGUACCAUGUGACAUUGAAAUGAGAAGGCAAAUGGCACCUUUUUGCACCAAUGGUAUAUGUAAUUUAAGAAAAAAACUGUGUGAUGAUGUAAUGAUGUACUCAUGUGUAAUUGAGUAUUGGUAAUACGUUAUUGGAAUAAUUUUACGGCAAACAGCUCAUGUGUAUCUAUGCCAUUCAUUUUCAUGAAUUAUUGUCACACAUUUAAAUGUCAAUCUAGAAUACAUAAUCAUCUGUCAAAGCAUUCUAAACUUACUCAUAAUAAAUACAUUGCCAUUUUGGUAAUGUGCAUCAAUUUUGCUUUUACUCAUGUAACAAAUUAAUUAUUGGGUAUAAUUUUUGUGUAUGUUGGCUAUGAAUAUACUCGCGUGUUCAGGUUAAAAAUUUAUGUAAAUGAACGCUUUUGUAACCUGGGGUGCUAAUAGUUGCUGCAGCAGUUUUUGUUUGUAUUUAAACGUAUAUACCAAUAUAUAAAAAUUGUUACAUAUUUACAUGAAUGUUAUGUAUAUUUACUUGCAGUCUAUUUACUUGUUAUUCUAUUUUUUAUAAGAAUACAAUUUACAUGAACAUAUUUAUGUUCACAAGGAUAUGCAAUGCACUUCUUUUUGUUAAAGUAUACCGUACACUGUUUUCUUUAUGUCACUAUCAUUCCAUGUUAAUUUACAUAUAACUGAUGUAAAUGGAUACAUUCCUUGAUUCAUGAGUUUCAGCAACAGUUGUUUAAAUGUCAUAGUGUUAAUAAUUAUCUUUGUCAAAUUAAAAUACAUUUCUGUGAUCAAAAUUGUGUAUUAAAGUAUGUAAAUAUAAACAUAUCUUUGAAAAUGCAAUGCAUAUAUGAUAAAUGCAUGUUUAAUAAAUUUUACUUAUAAUUUUGAAACUAUGUAGUAAAGUCUUAAAAUAUGUAUAACACAUGUUGACAUUAAAUACAUGUCCCCGCCAAAUUAUUUUUAUCCCAACAAGAAGUUGCAUCUUAUUCAUAUCUGGUAUCUUGGAGCAUUGAUGAAUUUCAAUUAAAAUGUUUUAUGUUUACAUUCUCUCUGCAUGCAUGUACUAUGAUACAAUUAUAAAUGCAUUUCAAAUCUG